CCUUUUCAUCACUCAUAUAUCAGUCAUAUUCAGUCAUUCAACUGUAGUAGACAUUCUACUUUUGACAUUUAAACGAAUUAGUCUGUGCUUAUCGCUUGUCAAGAGAACUUCAAAAACAUUAUAAAGAGAAUAAAAGAAAUUCUAAAUCACAAACAAUGAAGUUAUUUGCUUUUUUCUUUGUAAUCAGCACUGUCUUAUCGAUUGCUUACUCUGCUCAAUAUAGUAAUUGUGGUUCAGAUUCGGGAACAUUUACAAAAAUUUCUGUGUCAGAUUGUGGCGAAAAAGAGGCACGUUGUGUAUUAAAAAGAGGCACAAACGCAACUAUUACAAUCGAAUUCACCUCAAAUAAUGACGUUGAAAAUGAGGUCAUGGCAGUUUGUCAUGGAAAAGUAGGAGGUAUGUUUGUUCCCUUCAAACUUCCGAAUCAAAAUGCCUGUGUAGAGUCUGGAUUAGAAUGCCCCCUAGAGAAAGGCAAAGCAUAUAAAUAUGAAGCAUCAUUUCCUGUAUUGAAAAUCUAUCCAAAAUUAGAUGUUGAAGUCAAGUACGAACUCAAAAAUAGCAAGAAAGUUGAUAUUAUUUGUGUUUUAAUUCCAGUUAAAAUUGUUUAAAAAAAAUGAUGAUGAACCAUUUGAUGUAAGAUAAAAAUGUGUGAUAUAUGAUUCAUAAUAGCAAAGCAAAAUAAAGAGCCGUCAAUUAAUCUCUAGAUAAUUGCUGUCAA